AUGGUCCUAGAUAUUAAUAAGUUACACGAGCUUGAAUAUUGUCACAAAAAUCUUCACAGUGGCAAUAUCUUAUUGGAGAAAAGCGCUUCAUUUUUAACAGAUUUUGGAUUAUCCGGACCAGCAAAUAAAUCUUCAAAUGAAGUAUAUGGAGUUUUACCUUACGUUGCUCCAGAGGUAUUAUACGGGAAUUCUUAUACAACCGCAGCCGAUAUUUAUAGUUUUGGAAUUAUUAUGAUAGAAUUGUCAAGCGGGAAACCUCCCCAUCAUGAUAAAAAACAUGAUAAUAAUCUCGCAAUAGCUAUUUGUAAUGGACUUCGUCCAGAUUUUGGAAAAGGAACUCCCGAGUUCUAUAAAGACUUAGCAUAUAGAUGUAUGGAUGCUAAUCUAGAUCAAAGACCUACCGCUAAUGAAUUAUAUGAUCAUUUGUGGGAAUGGGAAGAAUGCAUAAGAGGACGAAAUAAUAAUUCUGAUGCAAUAAAUAUUAGAAAAGCUUUUGAACAAGCAGACAAAGAAAUUCCGUAUAUGCGUACAUCUUAUACGAUACAUCCUGAUGCUGUAUUUACAAGCAAACGAUUAUGUCGUACAAAUUUGCCAUAA